AGAAGAAUAGUGUAAUGCCUAUAUAUUGUAAAAUCUCAUAUUUACCCUCAAUUUGAGGUUUAGUGUAUACCAGUUUGAAGUUUAACGUUGCCUAAACUGGUAGAACCCCAAACAGGAGAAAACGACAACAUGACCAGCCCAAAACUCAUAUCUUCCUUCAGGCUCUCCUCCCUCCUCCGUCUGCAGAAAGACCCCAAACUCGCCCUCCAACUCUUUCAAAAUCCCAACCCCAGCGCCAAUCAAACUCCUCAAGCCAAACCCUUUCGCUACAGUAAUCUAAACUAUGACCUUAUCAUUACCAAGCUCUGUCGAGCGAAGAUGUUCGACGAAAUGCGUCAAAUACUUCACCAACUAAAGCACGACACCCGUAUCACCCCCGAAGAGAUUAUCUUCUGCAAUGUCAUUGGUUUUUACGGACGUGCGCGUUUGUGCGAGCAGGCGCUUCAGGUGUUCGACGAAAUGCCGAAUUUUCGGGUGCAGAGAACGGUGAAAUCUUUUAACUCACUGUUGAGUGCGAUGUUAAAGUGCGGGAGACUUGAUAAGAUAAGGGAAAUUUUUGCACGUGUGGAGGAAGAUGGGAGCGCGGAUUCUUGUAGUUAUAAUGUACUGAUUCAUGGUUGUGUUGUGAGUGGGAAAUUGAAGGAAGCUUGGAGUGUGUUUGGUGCGAUGCUAAGGAGGGGUUUUAAGGCUGAUGAGGUGACUUUUGGGACGCUGAUUUAUGGGCUUUGUUUGGAAUUGAGGUUAAAAGAAGCAUCGAAGUUGAAGGAGGAUAUGGUGAGAGUGUAUAAAGUGAGGCCUAACGGGAAUAUCUAUGCAUCAUUGAUAAAAGGAUAUUGUGUUGUUGGUGAGUUGAGUUUAGCUUUUAGGUUGAAAAGAGAAAUGGUGAAAAAUGAAAUGGAGGUGGAUGCAGCGGUUUAUUCUACUUUGAUUAGCGCCCUUUUUAAGGCAGGGAGGAAGGCAGAUGCUAUUGGGGUCUUUGAAGAAAUGAAGGGCAAUGGCUGCAAAAUCAACACUGUUGCUUAUAAUGCGAUGAUUAAUGGGUUUUGCAGAGAAAAGGAUUUUGAAGCGGCCUUUGAAGUUCUGAAUGAGAUGGGCAAAAGUGGAUGUAAGGCUGAUGUUGUUAGUUAUAAUGUGAUACUUGGCGAAUUGUGUAAGCAGGGCAAAUGGAGUGCGGCUAAUGAUCUGCUUGAAGACAUGCCUAGACGAGGCUGUGCUCCUGAUGUGGUCUCCUAUAGGAUAAUUUUUGAUGGGCUGUGUGAUGGGUUGCAAUUCAAGGCUGCAGCGUUGAUUCUGGACGAGAUGGUUUUCAAAGGUCAUGCGCCUCGCAGCGCUAGUAUUCAUAAAUUUAUCAAUGGUUUGUGUCCCGUAGGGGAUGAGGAGUGUUUAUGGACAAUUUUGAAUACUCUGACUCGAGGAAAUAUUAUUGAUUCCGAAACCUGGAACUUGAUAGUUUCUACCGUAUGCAAGGAGGAUGAGCUUUCAAAUGCCUUAGAGCUUUUUGAAAUCUUGAUGAUGCCAAAAAUUAUGACUGUUAAUAAGAAAGUUGUUUCUUUUUAACUGAAAAACAUGAUUUUCCGUUGUGAUAUUGACCAAUGAUACUUUUUUUAUGAAGACAAAACUAGAUUUUGUUGGUAGCA